AUGAAACUACAGAAGGGAACGCAAUGGGCCAUUCGGAAGUCUGCAGUGUCAUAUUUCGGAAAUUGCCUCGGCAGUAACAAUCAUCAUAUAAAUUUAUGGGUUCAUUUCCAUCCGAGUAUGAUCACGACAAGCAAGCAGUUUCAUAGUUCAAUCAAUAUUCAAAAAGAACGGAAAUCACCUCCGACCGUGAAACAAUUAAUAUUACAAUCAGAAAAGAAAAAGGAAUCUUCUGCACCCAAAUCUGUUGUAAAGAAGAAGGAAGAAUUUACAUACACGCCCGAAGAAAAGAGUAAAUAUUUUCAACAAAUCAUUUUUCCUUUACGAAAAGCGUUAAAAGAAAAAGAUAUAGAUACCUGCGUGUGGUAUUUUGAGAAAGAAGCUCCCAAGUAUUUCGUUUCAAUUCCAUUGGAAGAAUCUAAUGAAUAUCUCAAUUUACUUGCUGGUGUUGGAAAUUUCCGAAAAGUAUUUGAAUAUUACAGCAAAAUAUUUGAAAAGUUUUCUCAUAAAGGAGGAAGCAAGCCAGAUAUCAAUACCAUAGAAAACGUAUUCUUUGCAGCCAAGCAAAACAGAGAUCUUCCUACCAUGGGAAUUUUGAAAAAGUUAGAAAUUGUGAUCUUUGAGGAUUUGAACAAGUUAAACUUGAAAGUGAAUAGCAAAAUUCUUCAUGACUUGAUUGCUGUAUUAGUACAUGGAAUACGUAGCAACAGUGAGAGCAAUGAAUUAAUGGCAGCACUCCGUGGCGAACCGAUGGAUGAACACUUGACCACCAAGUUUACUCCACAAGCCAUGAUUGAACUGUAUAACAAUACGAAACACAAGAGCAAAUUUGUGCAUACAUAUAUGGUUCAAUAUUUGCAGUUGAUAGGAAAAUUUGAGCAAAUUUUUAUAAUUUAUGACGAAUUGAAAAAAGAAGAAAAAAAGGAUGCGUUAGAUAUCAAAUUUUAUAAUUCUUUAUUGAUGAGCUUAAUUAAUCACAGGUUUUCCAGUCAUGAGGAUGUAUUAUUGCUGUUUGAAAUAUAUAGAGAAAUGGUGGAAGUCGGUGGAUGUCAACCAACAUGCCACACCUUUAACAUGAUACUUUCUGCCCUGAAAACAGCCAAUGAGAAGCAACUCUUUAUUAGCAAGGAAGAAUACAGAGAAAAGGUGUCAGGUCUGUUUAAAGAAAUCAAAUUUAGAUUGAACCCAGCGGAUAUAGAUCCACCCUUAUUGAACUUGCUUUCUCAAUCGUUGAGUUUUGUUGGCAUGUUGAAAGAAGCACGGGAUUUGAUAUCCUCUCAACCUCUUUUCAUUACUCCACUUACCAUUCAAUUUCUAUUGCGAAAAUCCAUUGUUAAGGAAUGCGAAACUCUCAAUGAUUUUAAGGCAAACGUCCAACCAUUAUUGGCCAUGCUAUUGGAUAAGGCGUUUGAGAUGAAGCCAGAGUUAUUGAACUUUAUGGUUUUGAGGAUGCUUGACACCCACAAGUCACAGAAGGUAAUGGAGGCUCUUUGUGUUUUCUGUUUAAAAUACUUUGGUGUUAGGGUCACCAUCGAUCCAAGAGCAGUCGACAAGCAAAAACAAGAGUUUGUGUUUCAUUUGAGGAAAAUAAAUAUCUAA